AUGACUAUGCCUGGAAUUUUGCAGCGUCGUCUUGACGAACCGACUUUGACGACAGAAGCAAAGUUCUGGCCAGGUGGUAUUCCCUCUUUCAUCAAGUCCCCAACGGGGAAUUUUAAUAUCGAGCCCUACGAUUUCCCUCCAAUUGUGAAGGGCUGGAAUCGCUUUGUUCGGGAAAACUGGGUCUCGCGCGACGAUGAAACGGAUGACUCCAAGGCUCAGCAACGCCGAUCCCUGAUUGAAACCUGGGUCACUGCUCAGCAAGAUUUUCGAGAUUUAUAUACAAACAAGGCCCCGGACUCAGAGGAGCGAUUCUCGCACGCCCCAAGACCAUCAACCAACUGGGCGCUUUGGUUGAAGAUUCAGUUGAUGUUCUAUGAUUACAAUAGGAUGUGGGGUCAUAUCGCACAAGAAACAUUUACAAUCACGCCGAAUAAAAAUGAUUCUGUUACUCUUGAUAACAUCAAGCGGUACCAGGCUCUGGAGACUGCUGAUUUUAGCAUCUUAGCGUUUACCAAUGCGGGAGAGGCACUCUAUCAUUCUUAUCACCCCCCUCCAAUUAUUGUGGAUGAUUAUGCGCUAAAUACCGGACUGGUACCCCUUAUUUUUUCCUACACUAAUGGCUUGCCUUAUCGGGGAUACCGCAUUCGUGCCUUGAAUUUCUUUUCUUUGUCGUUGCCCAUCAUAGGGACGGGAAAGCGAUUAGAAAAUUUGAUUGGACCAUAUGGUCAGGAGCAGGACCCGAUUGAUGAGAGGGUUUAUUUUGCCGACAAAGCGCUUGACAUGAGAAAAGGGCUUUUGGAGAUUCUAUUGACUGAGUCAGAGGAGCAAGAGGUGGAAGCUGACGAAGUAGAGGACGCGUUGAUUGAACUAGCUCCGGGCUACGUAGAAGCAGAGGCAGAAGGAGAUGGGCUGGCAGAAAUUUUUGAUUUAUUUGGCUCGGGAUUUCAAUCCAUUCUACUGGCGUGA